GCCACUCAUCAUUUACUCGAUCAAAUCCCAUUAAGAAAUGGGACCUCUCGAUCGUAUCGGAACAAAAAGUCCACUCUGUCUUCUCCUCUUAAUGCUUUUCCUCUUGAGCUACAAUCCGAUCAAGCAUUCUGUUGAAGGUAGAUCAUUGCUUACGCUUCUUGAGGUUGCAAGUGGAAGGGGAGAGGAGAAGGCGACGGUAAGAGCCUUGGUUGGAUCAAGACCACCAAUCUGCGAGAGGAGGUGCAUCACAUGUGGCCAUUGUGAAGCAGUUCAGGUGCCAGUAAUCCCACAAGAAAAGAAGAGUCGAAGCAGGCAAUUCUUGGGUACGGCCACCGUGAGGGGUGACUACAGCUCCAACUACAAGCCCCUGAGCUGGAAAUGCAAAUGUGGAGACUUGAUCUUUGAUCCGUGAGACUCGAAAAGUGAGCCACUACCAGAUUAAUGUCCUGUAGAUAAUAAUACUUGAUGGAUUCCUUCUUUU